AUGAUAUUCUUGGUCUCUUUGCAGAAAACUAAGAUCUCUACAUAUGAUAAGAUGUGGGAGUUCAUGAGCAGUCGGAGGCACUCUGUCAUGGUGAAAAAUGUUGAGGAAGGCAUUCACCGUGUGCUCACCUCAGACUACGCGUUCCUUAUGGAGUCUACCACCAUUGAAUUUGUAACACAGCGCAACUGCAACCUCACGCAGAUCGGAGGCCUUAUAGACUCCAAAGCCUAUGGGGUCGGCACACCUAUGGGCUCUCCAUACAGAGACACGAUUACUAUUGCCAUUCUGCAGCUUCAGGAAGAAGGGAAGCUGCAUAUGAUGAAAGAAAAAUGGUGGCGAGGAAACGGUUGUCCAGAAGAAGAGAGUAAAGAAGCCAGUGCCCUUGGGGUUCAGAAUAUCGGAGGGAUCUUCAUUGUCCUUGCGGCUGGACUUGUUCUCUCUGUGUUCGUGGCUGUGGGAGAAUUUCUUUACAAGUCCAAACAAAACGCACAACUUGAAAAGGUAAGAAUACCUCUAGCAUUAAUUUUGGCUAUGUAA